AUGGCCGUCGCCUCCAUCCACUGCUGCCUCAGCGUCCCCCCUCCGAACGCCACUUCUUCGCCCUCCGGCGUCAAGCUCGCCCUCUCCCCCUGGUGAGUCUGCGUUUGCGUGAUACUGUCUCCGAUGGUGAGUUCCCUUUGCCGCUCCGGUGUGACGCAAGAGCUGUGAUGAUUCCUGCCGCAGGCCGCCGGCGAGUGCGACGGCGAGGAAGGAGGAGAGCUGGAGGGGUCGAUGCGUGUCGACGGUGGCGUGCGUGAUCCUCGGAUCGGCCGUCGGGCUGGCGGAGGUCGGCGGUGGAUGGGAGGGCUUCGCAUACGCCGACGAAAUGCGUGAGGCGGCGGCGGCGGGAGCGGCCUCCGGGCCGCGGGUGGUGCGGUGGAGCGACAAGAGAGAGUGUCCCCCGUGGCACACCAACUCGUUGGAGAAUAUCGUCCCGGAGAAUCUCCCCCGGCCGUCGACUCGCCGGAGGUCGGAGGCCGUCACGAUCAGCCGGAGCGCGCCGGCCGUCCUCGGCCGCGCCGCCAUCGCCUCCGGCCGCGCCGGCUGCUACUCCCUCUAG